AUGGUCGAAUACCUGAAUAGCGUAAACAGUGGAAUAAACAUGGAUAAUUCUGUAGUGAAGGAUGACAUCAACACGCUGAGGAAGAUGCCUGAAUUCACGUUCAAGGAGCUCAACCUGACCAGAAACCUGACUCCCAGCAACUCUCACGCCCACGUCUACAAGAAGUUUGAGAAUGCGUCGAAUAAUUCUGAGGACGAAAGACAGCCGAAUGGGUUCACUGCCUACGUCAGCGAGCCAAGGGUCGCGGGUUCAACUCCCCCGAAUGCCAAUAAUUUGUUCUUCAAUAAUCCAGUACACGAUAAGAAGGAUAAAAAGUGA